AUGUUGAAACUCCGGCAAUUGCAAAAGGAAAAACAGCAACAGUUAGCAGGACAGUCAUCGGCACCUUCUGCAGAGGCUCAAAAGCCAAUCAAAGCAUCUCAACUGCGUCUCCGCAAAGACCUAGGGUCGCUCGACGUGCCCCCGUGCGUUCAAGUUGAUUCCUCCCGUUCUGACUCAGACUCCAUCGUUUUUCUUCGAAUUUCGCCUGAUGAGGGAUGCUACAGACGCGGUACUUUCAAUUUCCAGCUUGUUUUCAAAGACACGUAUCCCAUGGAUCCGCCUAAAGUAACUCUGUUGGCUAAGAUCUUCCAUCCCAACAUCGACAUUCAGGGCAACGUCUGCUUGAACAUCCUUAGGGAAGAUUGGUCCCCUGUUCUCGACCUUCAGAGCAUUGUUAUAGGAUUACUCAUGCUCUUGUUAGAGCCUAACGCUUUGGAUCCGCUCAACAAGGAUGCCGCUAAUGUCCUAAAUGCCAGUCGUGCUCGCUUCGAGCAACUAGUCGCAGAUUCCAUGCGGGGAAGUGUAGUAGAUGGACAGUACUACGAUAGAGUCGUCUAG